CAUCAGUCUUCUGGAGAACACGACACGAUGGACCUUCGUUUGGUGCAGCUCUGUCUUCUUCUGUCCGCGUGCGGCUUCAGCUCUGUGCUGAGCUGCAGAUGGAUCCAACACAAGUUCCAACAACACCACAGAGCCUCGGUGGAUCUGAUCAGAAAGCUGGGUGAGAAAAUCCAUAAUGACCAUGAGGACACCAACCCAAUCCCAUAUGAAUUGAUCAAUAACCACAGAACAGCAGAGCCUGAGAAACAGAUCAUGUUCGUCAUUCAGGCUCUGGUGGAGAUCACUGUCCUCUUUGACGAUGCCGUCGUCCCCUGGGAUGCUAAAAAACUGGAAGAUUUCUUAGAUGUUGUGCAUGAGGAGAUCGAUGGACUGCACUCAUGUGGGGCUUACAAAAUGAAGAGGAACAAAAAGCUGCAUCUGUAUUUUGAAAGACUGAGACACAUGGCAGAAAUGAACACGGAGGACAGAGAUUACAGCUGGGAGAUCGUCAGGAAACGGGUCAUAAGUUUCAUGAACCAGCUGGAGUUCUUCUCCUUCCACACUCAUGUUUAAUAACUGGACCUCUUGAAGCUUUAAG